AUGACUUCUUUAUUCUCCUCUUCUUCCUGGGCCUUAUCCAAGAUCCCAGAUCUCUCCCGCAAGGUUUUUCUCGUCACUGGAGGGAGCGCCGGAAUUGGCUUUGGAAUCGUAACUCAGCUGCUCAAGAAUAAUCCUGCCAAAAUUCUCAUCCUCUCGGAAAAGGAACACCAUGCAGACCUCGCCAUAGAUGAGCUCCAGAAAUAUGGGGAUGCGAGCAGAGUCGAAUGGGUCAAAUGCAAUCUUCAGGAUCUUAAAGAGGUCGAUAGAGUGGCAAAAGGUCUAAAGGAGAAGGAGAAGAGACUGGACUGUCUAGUUUCGAACGCUGGGAUUGGUGUCGGGGUUUACAACCUGAGUAGGGACGGCAUUGAUACCCAUUUCCAAGUCAAUCUUCUUUCCCAAAUGCACCUUAUUCUCACGCUUCUCCCCAACAUCAUCGAAACAGCCAAAGAGAACGCAGAAGCCCGUAUUGUACUUCAGUCUUCGGACCUUCAUCGAAUGGCCCCGUCAUCCGUCAAGUUCGCCAGCCUUGACGAGAUCAACACUGAUAUUGGACCCGCGUACCUUUACAACCGAAGCAAACUAGCCCAGAUCCUAUUCGUCAGAGCGCUGGUACGAAGACUCCAGGAUGGAAGCCUUGGCACCUGCCAAACAUCAAAUGUCUACGUCAAUGCUACCCAUCCGGGGGCUGUGAGCACGAAGCAACAGGAGCAGGCUGAGGAAGCAUACGGCGUCGCCGGAAAGAUUGCUGUCGCAGCCGCAAGGCCCUUCAUGAAGGAUCCAAUUACUGAUGGUCCUUUGCCGGCACUUUUUGCUGCGACAUCACCGGAUGUUCCGAAGGAGAAUAUCAAUGGACAAUACAUUGUGCCUCCUGGAAAGGUGACGGACCCGUCGAGCCAGGCCCAGGAUGAUGAGAUGGGAGAGAGGCUUUGGUCUUUGAGCGAGCAGCUGUUGAAGGAAAAGUUGCAGUAG